CAAACGCGUGGAACACGUAAAUAUACCUAUAUAAAACGGUUAAAGUGACCACAUCAGCCAGUUCUAUUGCACUAUCUGUGAAGCUUCGACGUUAGUUAGUACAAUGCACAGCCUCACGGUGUUCGUGUUUGCGCUCGUCGUGGCCAUGGCUCUCGCAGCCGGUCAAUACUACGUGCCUCGCUCGUACUACACAAUAGACGCGGAGGGUCACGUGUCCGCGCCGGUGCCGCUGCGCAGGCUCCGCCGCUCCCUGAACCCCUACCCGUACCAGUACGGCGGCUCCAGCGCCAGCGCCAACGCAAAUGCUGAAGCUAAUGCUUGGGGCGGUGGCGGCGCAAACGCCAAUGCUAACGCUAACGCACGCGCCAACGCAGGAGGCUGGGGCAUUCCCGGUGGUAGCUACGGAGCUGGCAAUCCCAACGCACUUAGGUACUAACUGAAAAGGAACACGUGACAUUGUACAAACUAACAUCUGGUGUCGGCUCAUUCAUCUUCUAUCUACUUCGAGAAUUUUCCAUCAGUUGCACAUCCCGCCGAAUGUCAACACGACGCCUGCGAAUCGAUCGUGUAACUGCCGGAAGAUAAUAUUAAAUAUUGUUCAAAUGUAAUUAAUGCUUAAUUUAAUAAAAACCAUUUAACUAC